AGAUGGAAUCCUUCUCGGGACAUCACAAGGAUGGCUGUUGCUGCUCCCACCGUUCAGCAGUUCUCAGUGUUCACCAGAAUGUGGAGGAGAUGGAUUUUGAGAGAGGGAUUUGGUAUGCUGCUCUGAAUGGAGACCUUGAAGGUGUCAAAAAGCAUGUCCUGAAACAUGGAAGCGUUAACAGUCCUGACCCCCUUGGAUACACAGCUUUGCACUACGCCAGCCGCAACGGGCAUUACAAUGUCUGCCAGUUCCUGCUGGACAACCAAGCCGUUACCAAUGCCCAGACCCAUGGUGGGGCCACCCCUCUGCACCGAGCCUCUUACUGCGGCCACACAGAUAUUGUUAAGCUGUUGCUGGCCCAUGGCGCUGACCCAGCUGUCAUUGAUGAUGACGGGAGGACCUGCCUGCACAAGGCCGCAGAGAAUGGACACUGCGAGCUCUGCUCCCUCCUGUUGGAGCACAACGCGGAGCUGAGGAACAUGCGAGACAAGAAGCUCAGCACACCCUGCGACUUGGUUCCCGACAGUCAAGAGGAGUUGCGGAGGCUUUUAGACAGAAGCAGUUUGCCUGCAAGUGACGGCAAAGAAUGCAAGGGCCUGGAAAGCCCUACCGCCCUCUAGGCUGA